GUCACUGCACUAUUUAUACUGGUCUGGAUUGAUGUUUUUACCCUGAAAGAGUCAGAAGUGAGAUGUAUGCCUCAUAAGCUGAGGAUUGUGCUGGUGGGUAAGACUGGAGCAGGGAAGAGUGCAACAGGAAACACCAUCCUGGGGAGAGAGGUGUUUAAAGAGGAAAUUUCCCCUUUGCCUGUAACCGUGAAGUGUGAGAAACAUAGUGGAAUAGUGGUAGGGAGAAAUGUUACUGUGAUUGACACCCCAGGGAUCUUUGACACAUCCAUCUCCAACGAGCAAAUCAAACGGGAAAUGGCAGAGAGCAGCAAUCACAUAUUCCUGCUAGUGAUCCGACUGGGGACAUUCACAGAGGAAGAGAGAAACACUCCAAAGUGGAUCCAGGAGAAUUUUGGAGAAGAAGCUUUACAGUACACUAUUGUGCUGUUUACAGGGGGAGAUAAGCUGAAUAAACCAGUGAGGGAGUUUCUGAGACAUAGCAAUGAGCUUCAGGAGCUCAUCAAUAACGUAGGUGGUGGAUAUCAUGUCUUUAAUAACAAGGAUAGGGACAACCACGAUCAGGUCAUACAACUAAUUGAUAAGAUAGAGGCGCUAUUGUUUAAGACUGGAGAGUUUUAUUAUUUCAGUUUGAUAAACCAGAAGAUUCAGAGAGAGAUAAGAGAAGAGGAAGAGAGAAAGAGGGAGGAGUCAGAGAGAAUAAUACGAGAGGAGGAGGAGAGAAAAAGGGAGGAGUUAGAGAGAACAAUACGAGACGAGGAGGAGAGAAAAAGGGAGGAGUUUGAGAUAAAUAUAAGAAAAAUGGAGGAGAGAAAGAGGGAGGAGUUAGAGAGAAUGAUUAGAGAAGAAGAAGAGAGAAAGAAGGAGUCAGAGAGAAUGAUUAGAGAAGAAGAAGAGAGAAAGAGGAAGGAGUCAGAGAGAAUGAUUAGAGAAGAAGAAGAGAGAAAGAGGAAGGAGUCUGAGAGAAAGCUCAAUGAGGAGGAGGAGAGAAAGAGGAAGGAGGCCGAGACAGAGGUCAGAGAGGAGGAGGAGAGAAAGAGGAAGGAGGCCGAGACAGAGAUCAGAGAGGAGGAGGAGAGAAAGAGGAAGGAGUCUGAGAGAGAGAUCAGAGAGGAGGAGGAGAAAAAGAGGGAAGCAGUUCAGAAAAUGGUGAAAGAGGAAGAGCAAAAAAAAAGGGAGGAGUCUGAGAGAAUAAUUAGAGAAGAGGAAAAGAGAAAAAGGAGGCAGGAGACUGAGAGAAAAAUCAAAGAGGAAGAAGAGAGAAAGAGGCAGGAGGGUGAGAGAAAAAUCAGAGACGAAGAGGAGAGAAAGAGGGAGGAGGCUGAGAGAAAAAUCAGAGAAGAAGAGGAGAGGAAGAGAAAGAGGCAGGAGGCUGGAAGAGAGAUCAGAGAAGAGGAGAGAAAGAGGCGGGAGGCUGAGAGAGAGAUCAGAGAGGAAGAAGAAGGAAAGAGGCAGGAGACUGAGGGAAAGAUCAGAGAGGAAGAGGAGAGAAAGAGUGAGGAGACUGAGGGAAAGAUCAGAGAGGAAGAGGAGAGAAAGAGGCUGGAGACUGAGGGAAAGAUCAGAGAGGAAGAGGAGAGAAAGAGUGAGGAGACUGAGGGAAAGAUCAGAGAGGAAGAAGAAGGAAAGAGGCAGGAGACUGAGGGAAAGAUCAGAGAGGAAGAGGAGAGAAAGAGGCUGGAGACUGAGAGAAAGAUCAGAGAGGAAGAGGAGAGAAAGAGUGAGGAGACUGAGGGAAAGAUCAGAGAGGAAGAGGAGAGAAAGAGUGAGGAGACUGAGGGAAAGAUCAGAGAGGAAGAGGAGAGAAAGAGUGAGGAGACUGAGGGAAAGAUCAGAGAGGAAGAGGAGAGAAAGAGUGAGGAGACUGAGGGGAAGAUCAGAGAGGAAGAGGAGAGAAAGAGUGAGGAGACUGAGGGAAAGAUCAGAGAGGAAGAGGAGAGAAAGAGGCUGGAGACUGAGGGAAAAAUCAGAGAGGAAGAAGAAGGAAAGAGGCAGGAGACUGAGGGAAAGAUCAGAGAGGAAGAGGAGAGAAAGAGUGAGGAGACUGAGGGAAAGAUCAGAGAGGAAGAGGAGAGAAAGAGUGAGGAGAGUGAGGGAAAGAUCAGAGGGGAAGGAGAAAGAAAGAGGCAGGAGAAUGAGAGAAGAGUCAGACAGGCUGAGAGGAGAAAGAGGCAGGAGGCUGGAAGAGAGAUCAGAGAAGAAGAGAGAAAGAGGCGGGAGGCUGAGAGAGAGAUCAGAGAGGAAGAAGAAGGAAAGAGGCAGGAGACUGAGGGAAAGAUCAGAGAGGAAGAGGAGAGAAAGAGUGAGGAGACUGAGGGAAAGAUCAGAGAGGAAGAGGAGAGAAAGAGGCUGGAGACUGAGGGAAAGAUCAGAGAGGAAGAGGAGAGAAAGAGUGAGGAGACUGAGGGAAAGAUCAGAGAGGAAGAAGAAGGAAAGAGGCAGGAGACUGAGGGAAAGAUCAGAGAGGAAGAGGAGAGAAAGAGUGAGGAGACUGAGGGAAAGAUCAGAGAGGAAGAGGAGAGAAAGAGUGAGGAGACUGAGGGGAAGAUCAGAGAGGAAGAGGAGAGAAAGAGUGAGGAGACUGAGGGAAAGAUCAGAGAGGAAGAGGAGAGAAAGAGGCUGGAGACUGAGGGAAAAAUCAGAGAGGAAGAAGAAGGAAAG